AUGGAUAAAUUAACUAAUGGUAGUUUAAUCGAAAUCGGCUAUACGGGCACAAGCCUGCUUUUCCGCCCAGGAGUGCUGUCUAUUAGACGCAAGAUCGAACACGACUGUGGGACCAGCAGAGCUAUCGGAUACUUUCUCGAGCCCAUCAUUGCCUUGGCACCCUUCGCCAAAUCAGACUUGAACCUCACUCUUACUGGUAUAACGAACGACGACAUCGACCCCAGUGUCGACAUCCUGCGCACCGUAUCCCUACCAUUGCUGAAACGCUUUGGCGUCGACGACAGCGUUGUGCUCAAAGUAAAUGCUCGAGGGGCUCCUCCGCUGGGUGGGGGUGAGGUUAACUUCCAAUGUCCGGUUGUCAAGGCUCUCACCCCGCUUCAGUGGGGUGAUCCUGGGAUGGUUAAACGGAUCCGAGGAACGGUAUACUCAACGCGUAUGUCUCCACAGACGGCCAAUAGAGUCGUGGAUAAGGCCAGGGGCCUGCUGAACACGUUCAUACCUGAUGUGUACAUAUACUGCGAUCACUACAAGGGUGCAGAAUCUGGAAAGUAG